UUGCCUGACACAUCUUGCCCCUGAGUUGCUGAAGGGGCGAUUUGAGUGUAUUGUUGGAGGGCAAGGAGGACACAAGUGGGCAUCUUGAGGAGGCCACACCCUUUAAGAGGGGGAAUAUUUGAGCCUGGGAGUGAUGGGGGCCAACCAGGUGGUCCCCAUCUUGUCCCUGGAUUACCCCAGCCGGAGCUGUCACUAACUUGGCUGGCUUGACGUUUUUUUGUUGGGCUGGUGCCAGGCCGCUUGUUGAGCUUCCCAGCCAGCAGACGCUUUUUGGGAGCAGUCCGGAUAGGAUGGUUCCAGGCACUUCUCUUGCUCCUCCAGGCCUGGGCAGGCAUUCAAGACCCCAAAAUGGCACCCUUUGUCGGGACCCAGACUCCCCCUUGAUUUGCAAGACCACCCCAAGUUGGAAUUCAAGGUGAAGAGCGUUUUUUCCAACUCCUGGGUUCAUGGUGACCGCUGCACUGCAAAUAGGAUGGACAUUUGGCCACCUUCCUUCACCCAUUUGCAGCCAUAGCAAGACCUGUGGCUUCUGGGCUCCUUCACCGGCUGGACACAUGCUCUCAGCCAUCUCUCUGCAUGUGUAGCUUGGGAGCAACCACAUGCGUGUGCACUCCUCUUCCUCCAUUUCCAAGACGCACAGUUCCUUGGAGGGCUCAUCGAACCCCAUAACACAAGAGUCCUGUUUCAGAAAAUGUUGACCAAGCAGAGCCUCCGAGUCCAGCGGCGGUUCACGGUGGCCCACCCACUUUGCUUCGACAUUGAGAAUGGCUUCUCUCCAGGCCGGAGCCCUUUGGACCCCUCAGCUGGCCCCGGUCUGGGGCUCGUGCUUCAGGGGGCCACCCCACACGGUCAACGUCGAGAGUCCUUCCUGUACCGCUCAGACAGCGACUAUGACCUCUCACCAAAAGCCAUGUCCCGCAAUUCUUCCAUCGCCAGCGACAUGCAUGGAGAAGACCUGAUUGUCACCCCCUUUGCACAGGUCCUGGCCAGCCUACGGACAGUGAGAAGCAACUUCACCAUUUUGACUCAUGUGCAACAGGAGCGCAGUGGCAAGAAGAGAGCAUCCGGUGCACCCACGCCCAGAGUCAACCUGUCUGAAGAUGCCUUCCAAAAAUUGGCUGUGGAGACGUUGGAGGAGUUGGAUUGGUGUCUGGAUCAACUGGAGACACUGCAGACCCGCCACUCAGUCAGCGAGAUGGCCUCCAACAAGUUUAAAAGGAUGCUCAAUCGAGAACUGACGCACCUCUCGGAAACCAGCCGCUCUGGAAACCAAAUCUCCGAGUACAUCUCCAGCACUUUCUUGGACCAGCAGCAUGAGGUGGAAAUCCCAACCUCGGUGGCCAAAGAGAAGGACAAGGAGAGGAAGAGGCAGCCCAUGUCACAGAUCAGUGGGGUGAAGAAACUCACACACAGCUCAAGCUUCAGCUUCGCCGCCAUCCCUCGCUUUGGUGUCAGGACGGACCAAGAGGGGCUGCUGGCCAAGGAGCUGGAGGAUGUGAACCGGUGGGGCCUGGACGUCUUCAAGAUCUCAGAAUACUCUGGCUGCCGCCCCUUGACAGUCAUCAUGUACAGCAUCUUCCAGGAGAGGGACCUGCUGAAGUCCUUCCAGAUUCCCGUGGACAUCUUCAUCACCUUCAUGAUGACCCUGGAGGACCACUACCAUUUGGACGUUGCGUACCACAAUAACAUCCAUGCAGCCGAUGUGGCCCAGUCCACGCAUGUCCUGCUCUCCAUGCCAGCUCUGGAGGCUGUUUUUACUGACCUGGAGAUCUUGGCCGCCAUCUUUGCAGCUGCCAUCCAUGACGUUGACCACCCGGGAGUCUCCAACCAGUUCCUGAUCAACACCAAUUCAGAAUUGGCACUGAUGUAUAAUGAUGCGUCAGUGCUGGAAAACCACCACCUGGCGGUGGGGUUCAAGCUCUUGCAAGAGGAAAACUGCGACAUCUUCCAGAACCUUUCCAAGAAGCAAAGGCAAAUGCUAAGAAAGAUGGCCAUUGACAUGGUUCUUGCAACAGACAUGUCCAAACACAUGAACCUCCUGGCUGACCUGAAGACUAUGGUGGAGACCAAGAAGGUAACCAGCUUGGGGGUGCUGCUUUUGGACAACUACUCAGACCGUAUACAGGUCUUACAGAACAUUGUGCAUUGUGCAGACCUCAGCAACCCAACCAAGCCGCUAGAGCUGUACCGCCAGUGGACCGACCGAAUCAUGGUGGAGUUCUUCCACCAGGGAGACUGCGAGCGGGAGAAGGGCAUGGAAAUCAGUCCCAUGUGUGACAAGCACAAUGCCUCCAUAGAGAAGUCCCAGGUGGGGUUCAUUGACUAUGUAGCCCAUCCUCUGUGGGAAACAUGGGCUGACUUAGUUCACCCAGAUGCCCAGGAGAUCUUGGAUACGCUGGAAGACAACCGGGAGUGGUAUCAGAGCAUGAUCCCCCACAGUCCCUCCCCACCACCUGAGGAGCCGGGGUCUGAGAUGGGUGGUGGAGUCCCUGCCAGUAAGUUCCAGUUCCAGCUCACCUUGGAGGAGGAAGGGAGUGAAGAGUCCGAUGCCGAGGAGCAAGAGGAGACGGAGAGUCCCCUGGAGGAGGAGAACAGCGAGUCCAAAGCCACAGAUGACUCCGAACCCACAAAUGAGCCAUUGCUCUCCCCUAUGGACAAACCAGGCAGCCCCCCCAGGAACAUCUUGGUCAAGCAGAAGGUGGCACUUGACUUUGAUAACCAAAGGACGGUCACACUACGUGGCGGGGUCUCAACAGCAGCACCAGUGGAGAGUACAGACAAGGCAGAGCUGGGCCUUGACAGAGAAGGGAAUAUCACCUUUUUGACCCUGGGGACGUAGCCCUGGGGUCAAUGCUGCCCCAAAGAUCUUGCCACCAGUGGCUAGUGAGUCCGCUCCCCUUGUUAGGAGGUGAUGGACCAUCAUGGACCCCUACAUAAAUGGAUAGCAAAAUGCCACGACUGAACUGUGGCGUUUGCUUGGAAGGGCAAAGGAGCAGACUGAUCCCUUCCUGUCUUUUUUCCAGCCUUCUCAUUGGCAUCUGGAGGCUACACCAAGAUUGGCCCAGUAGAGAAACUCUCUGGUUUUACCUGUUGGGCCCGUCAACAUGGGCAUCCUCUGGUGUUUCACCUUGAAUGGAGCCUGGCUCUUCUUACCUUAUGGCAGUCCAUUGCAGAAGCGAGGCAAAGCACGUGCUUUGUAACCAGAGGACUAUUAGGCUCCUCCCAGCUUCUUGUUUGUAAAAAAGGGGUCUUGGUUAGUCGAGCCUAGGGAGAGCUUUUCUUCAGCAGAGCUGUUGCAAGGCAGAGAGGACUUGUGACUUAGAGACGUGAAAAUCUCUUUGCCUGUUUCACUUGAUUUCUCUCAGACUCACCUGCAGCCUUUCCCUUCAUUUUUUGUACUGUUUGUGGGGCUGAUGAGUUUUCUUCUUGCACAGUUUUUUUAAAAUGCACUUCCUCUCCAUUUAACCUUUUAUUUGCAGCACUGAACCCAGUUCCCUACCUUCCUUCCCAUGGCCAAAGCCUGUUUCAGCAUAUUUAUUUCCUUGAUGCUCUUUUUAAAAUAGGUAUUGUUCAUUUUAAAAAUGCGAGUUUGCACAUCUUAUGUCUUGCAAAUGACCUGUAAGCCUCACAAACACCGCAAACGUUCAAUGCCAGUUGUGCGCUUUCUCACAACUAGUCUUGUGAAGUGUGGAAAUUCUAUUUUCACUGAGAGAAAUCUAGUCCAGCAAAAUACCUUUGCAUCUCUCCAUGGGAUUUCUCAGAACAUGUAGGUCCGAUUUGGCUAAAUGUGGAAGCUAAAUGUAGGAAGAUGGGUGAUAUUCAGAACAGGCAGUCUGAGGCUUUAGGGGUCUUUUCUCUGACUAUUACAGAAAAAGGAAAUGACAGCAUAGAAGAAGGAACUUCUUUUUAAAAAUUACUUUAAAAAAAUCAUUUCCCCAGUCAGAGGAAAACUCCAUUGUUGAGAUAAUGUAGUUUGACACCAAUUUAAGUACUGUAGUUCCAUCAUAUGGAAUCCUGGGAUUUGUAGUUUUAAGACAGUCUUUAGCCUUCUCUGUCAAAGAGUGUUGGUGCCUCACAAAACUACAAGUCCCAGGAUUAUGUAGGAUGGAGUGGUGGCGAUUAAAGUGGUAUCAAGCUGCAUUAUUUCUGCAACCCAGAUUUCAGUCCUACCCGUUUUAACAAAAAUGUGCUUCAUUUUUCUUUCCCUUUCCCUCAGUGUAGUGUUGUUCAUAAGGCUGGAAAGAUAUAAUAUAUUGAGACAUUGGACAAGGACGAAGCUCAUUUUUAAUUUGUGGAGUAAAAAUCUGAGAGGACAAACCUUUCAGAGGAUAGAAUCAUAGAGUUGGAAGAGAUCACAAGGUCCAUCCAGUCCAACACUAUUCUGCCAUGCAGGAACUCUCAAUCAAAGCAUCCCCAUUGACAAAUGGCCAUCCAGCCUCUGUU